AUGCAUUCCCUCACCUCAUCCUUCAUCUCCCUAUCCCUACUAUCAACCACAGUCCACGCCCAAAGCAUCGCCCGUGUCUGGACACACUUCUACCCAAACUGCCCCGGUGAAGCAUUCAGCAAACUCGACACAUACGAAAACUACCAAGAAUCCGCCCCAUCCCAAGAUAUCGUCGUGGACAGCUGCAAAAGCUUCGCCGUCCCCUCCUACGAGCACGACCUCGUCAGCUCCAUAUCCGUCGACGCAGAGCUCCUCCUCCACAACCACGACCUCCCUUUCCUAGAAGGCGGCAGCGGCUGCAACAUCACCGUGCACGAGGUCCCAGGAUGCAUCGACCCGCCCCUGAUCAAUAAAGAGAUUCGAAAUGGCGUCGAAGUCAGUCAGUGCGAGCCGCGCCAGUUCGUCGCUUACAGCCAGGUCUGGGUAAAUCUUGUUUGCGACAGCGAUAGCCCUCUCCACAACGAGAACAUCCAAACUCAGGAGAAUAAGCAAGCAGACACCAAGCAAUCCAUGCCUACUGCCCAGCCCGAUGCGCCUGUGCGCACGGAGAAACAGACUUCCGUCGAGGAUAUUAAUAAUAUCCAGACGCCUGGGUCGAACUCGGAAUCUUGGCGUUCGUCCCAGGUUGCGCAUAGCCAGCGGGAGCCCGUGCAGGAGGGCCGUGUUAAUAAUGCCGGUCAUGCGGAGAGUGAGCAGAUCGUUCACCAGAUGAUGGAGUUGUGGAAGAAUAAGACUUCGCAUAUCGUCACUGGCAAGCAUGAUGCUACACACUUGAAUGUUACGCUGCAUCACAAUGGUACUGCCCCGGGCAAUCGCACUGUGAUGUCACGUCGGCGCUUGUCUGUUUUGAGAAACCGAGCUCCUCGUUUUGUCUAG